UGUUAACCUUUUUUUGCACUGCUAACGAAGUGGCCACCAAGUAGCCACCUCACAGUCAGACCAGUCCAAGAUGCCUUUGUGGUCAUACCAGGCGAUGUGAGCACUUCAGACUCUAGAGGUCUCCGUCCAGCAUGCAGCAACAUCCACCUUUCCAGAUUCUGCCCCUCACGUUCUAGUGCAGCGGACAAACGGUAUAGGAGAAGACCGCUCAGAGCCACGGAGACAGAGGGAACCUGAGGGAUGCACGCUUCCCGAACGAGAUAGAAAGAACGGGAACUUUGAUUUGACGCGAGGCUGAUAAAAUUACGAUAAUAUAGAGCUGCAUUCCUUAGUGAAGGGAUGCAUUGACAUUUCGAGUGUUCAAAAAUGAUGUCCUUGGUUCCCUGCUCAUUGUAGAUUAUAUUUAAUGUAUCUCUCCUAUUUCUGAUGUGCUACUUCAUUGUGACUGUACACUUGGGUCACCCGCAUGAAUUUUAAGGCAGCCGGAGCGCAUUGUUUCCAGCUUCGUUUCAUGGGAUUUCCAGUCAUGUCGGGUGCGGUGAUGUCUGCAACAUUUCUUUCUUUGUUUCUGGCGCUGCUGAGCCUGCUGACGGCUGGCGCCCAGACAGAAAUGAAGAGAGUUGUCGGAGACAACGCCACCCUGCCGUGCCACCAUCAGUUCUGGCAGUCCAACGCGCAGUUGCUCGACAUCGAGUGGCUACUGCAGAAGCCCAACUCCAAGCAGAGAGUGAUCAUUACGUUUUUCGGGGGCCAGGUGUACACCAAUGAGGUGACCAGUGAGGCCAGUCGUCUGUCUUUCGCAGGGGACUACCUGAAAGGAGACGCCUCCCUGCUCCUCAGUGACCUACAGCUGACGGACUCUGGAGAGUACUACUGCAAGGUCAAAACGGGGGGAAAGUACCACUGGAGCCAGGUUAACCUCAUAGUGCUGGUGAAGCCCUCUAAGCCACGAUGCUGGAUGGACGGCAGGCUGUUAGAGGGCAGUGACGUUAAACUGAGCUGCAAAUCCAGUGACGGCUCAGACCCUAUCAAAUACAAUUGGGGGAGGGUGCUGGAUAAGGGAAAGAGUGUUGGGAAACUCCCCCUACUGGCACUGAGAGAUCUGAAGAAUCCAGAGAUCGUCACUCUGCGGAACCUGACGAAGGACAGUACAGGUUUUUACAAGUGCACCGCCAGCAAUGAUGUGGGCGAGGAGAACUGCAUCAUCGAGGUCACCAUGCAGUAUGUUCGAGGGAUGGGCGUGCUGGCAGGUGCUGUGGUGGGCGUCUCCUUUGGUGUUCUCCUCAUCAUCCUUAUCAUCUGGCUCGUCUUCCGCAAGAAGGAGAAGAAGAAGUAUGAGGAGGAGGAGACUCCCAAUGAGAUCAGGGAGGAUGCAGAGGCUCCCAAGGCCAAACUGGUGAAGCCCAACUCCCUGUCCUCAUCCCGCUCUGGCAGCUCCCGCUCCGGGGCCUCCUCAACACAGUCCAUGGUGCACAACACCGCACCCCGCGGGCACCGCCCUCGCCUCCCAGCCAUUGCUGCCCUUAAGGAGAACGGACAGCCCCCUGACUUCCCACAGUCCCCCCCAGCCUACACCACAGUGGUACCACCCAACAAGACCCCUGAGCCCCCCGGCACCCCCAAAUACAACAUCAACUCCAGGAACCAGAUCUCUGGGCCAACUCCCCCAACUCUCAUGGUCCCUGCCCAGAACAAGGCCUUUCAAACUGUGUAGGAAGUAGAAGAGAGUCCAUCCUGGCUGUGUUGAAGCAUAAGACCCACCCCUCCCCCCACCCCUUCAAAGACACAAACUCUUCUGUUAAACAACGAAAUGCAACUAGUAAAAGGAUGUAAUUAAAAUAAUAAAUAAUAGAAAUCCCAAAACUUUUAAUGAAUGCAUACUUAAAAAGGGAAAAUAAGAAAUGCUUGCCCCUACUGAAUAAAAAACAACUAAACUAAACUAAAAACCUGAGACAGAACAUUUCUGUUUAUGUCUCUCGGCUAAAGAACUUAUUUUUACACUUUUCUUUCAACUUUGAAGGUAUGGGAAGCAGUGAGCGAGCACAGCGCUGUGUGCGGUGAGGUGGAAGGAAAACCAGAGUGGAGCUUUUAUUUAUUUAUCAAAUCAAAAGGACGGGAGGAGUGCAGAGAAAAAGGAAGAAAGAAGGGACGGGAUGAGAAAAGAGAGAUCCAAAGUCAGAGCCAGGUGCUGACGGAGGGAUGAGGGCAUGGAAUACUGAGAGAGAACAAGCCUCUUUAUUUUGGCCUUGUGGUGUCUCUGACUCAUCCAACCACACCAAUCCAAGCAGGCAGACACAUUGGAGCUUCCCGCUACAAACCACACACCCAAAAACACCCCUAGCCCUCUGACAGAUAGCCGACUGUUUUCCCUGUGAGGAGAGAAACCGUUAGAUCACCCCUCCAAACCACAGGUGGCCGGUGGCAUCUUAUUUGAGGAGGACGGGCUCAUAGAAAUAGCUGGCAUGGAAUAAAUGAAAUGGUAUCGAACACAUCAAACACAUGGGGAAUUUCUCAAUAUGUAUACUACCGUACUCUACACUCUCAUGCUCCGAGUGAUGUUCUCUCAAGUACGUUCUUGUGAGGACGAGAGUGUGGAGAACACAUAAAACAUUAUAUUUGAGAAGCACUCCCACUCCCCCUACUGUAUUACCUCACACUGCAUCUCCCCAAUCACUGAACCUUUUCCAGCCAGGACAAUGGCAACAAUAGACGCAACAAGAUAUAAAUAAAACAAACGUUUUACCUAAUAAUUAUCAACUAGAUAUAUGUGAAUCGUAGUACUCUAGUUAGCCACAUAGUUUAACAGGCAAAAAUGACCUAAGACUAAUGUUAUAGCUAGCUCUAUUAAAUUACUAUGGAUUUACCCAUUCACUGAACCUUCUUCCAGACAAGACAAUGGCAAUAGAGAUUAAACAAGAUAUACACAAAGCAAAUGUUUUACUUCAUAACUAUCCGCUAGCUAUAUGUGAAUCGUAAUAAUGUAGCUAACCACAUAGUUUAACAGGAAAAAAUAACCUAAAGCUAAUGUUAUACAAGGUAGAUGUCAAUUCUUUGUGGGUUGCUAAGCUAACAAUCUUUGUGGCUAUCUGGCGAGCUAACAGUAGUAGCUAACCAGUUUGCCCUAUUGACUUAUUAUGGGCUUGCAUUCUACGAUACGUAGGCAGGUAAACAUGCCAAAAAUAACACAGCAUGUAUUUAUUAACCUAUCAAGAUAAAAUAUUGUAGUCAUGCAACAUAUGAGAUGAGAAUAGGCAACAUUUCAUACUGAAGUCAGAGUGUAUUUUCUCUCGAUUCAGCUCAAAUAAUGGAUUUCAAGAAAUGUUGUGUCAUUUUUUACGUGGUUGCGUCAUAUUUCUUUGCAUCAUUUCUGUUGAAGCUUGCAUCGAUGCACGCUUCCAACUAUGUACAAACUCAUUUGAGAAGUGCCCUCUGUGCUCCAUUUCACAUACUUUGAUUUGGACUCAUACUCCGACUCUCCCCUUCUCCAAUUUGCGUGCUCGAAGCAUGGUAGUAUGUAUUUUGAGAAACACCAAUGCUUUCCAUGUGUUUGAUACUAUUGAAUUCACUCCAUUCCAGCCAUUAUUAGGAGUCGUUCUCCCCUCAGCAGCCUCCUGUGCUGCAGACGGUCUGUGAUGCUUUACGGACUCCACGACGACAUCUAAGACACACCAUGUUCCAUGGUCCUGACCCCAUUCAGAGAACAGCUCAUCUGCUUUUCUCAACAGGAGAAACGUUAGCCACAUUCAUAGGAUGUAUCACUGACAUGGUAGCUUGAGUUCUGCUGAAACUUUUAUUUUUCUCCCCACAUCCUCUCUCUCAGCUCUGUGGAUAUUCUACAUCAGUGAUCGACAAUUCUGGCCUCCCGGGUCUGUAGUGGUGUCACACUUUCCCCCCAUCCUUAGCAAACACAGCUGAUUAAACUAUUUGCAUGUAAACUGAAGAUCAUGAUUAGUUGAUUAUUGAAGUCAGGUGUGUUGGCUGGGGCUGGGGAAAAAGUGUGAGGACUGGAGUUAUCAUCCCAUAUAGUAUGUAAACUCCUCCCCAAAUUAACAUAUGGGUGAAUUAGGUGUUAAAGUACAGUACAUAGAGAUACAUGACUGAAUAUACUGGAUAAGAAUAGCUUUAAGACAAGGGGGCAUAGUAUCUCUUCUAUUUCUAUUUUACUCCCCCCACCCGGGCAUGUCUGGACAGGUUGUGAAGGGUGACACAGUUUCAAAUAAAUCAAUCAAAUUGAUUUAUAAAGCCCUGCUUACAUCAGCUGAUGUCACAAAGUACUGUACAUAAACCCAGCCUAAAACCCCAAACAGCAAGCAAUGCAGGUGUAGAAGCACGGUAGCUAGGAAAAUCUCCCUAGAAAGGUCAGAAACUAGGAAGAAACCUAGAGAGAAACCAGGCUAUGAGGGGUGGCCAGUCCUCUUCUGGCUAUGCCGGGUAGAGAUUAUAACAGAACAUGGCCAAGAUGUUCAAAUGUUCAUAGAUGACAAGCAGGGUCAAAUAAUAAUAAUCACAGUGGUUGUCGAGAGUGCAACAGGUCAGCACCUCAGGAGUAAAUGUCAGUUGGCUUUUCAUAGCCGUUCAUUCAGAGCAUCUCUACCGUUCCUGCUGUCUCUAGAGAGUUGUAAACGGCAGGUCUGGGACAGGUAGCACGUCUGGUGAACAGGUUCCAUAGCCGCAGGCAGAACAGUUGAAACUGGAGCAGCAGCAUGACCAGGUGGACUGGGGCCAGCAAAAAGUAAUCGGGCCAGGUAGUCCUGGGGCAUGGUGAUAGGGCCCAGGUCCUCCGAGAGAGAGGGAGAGAAAGAAAGAAAGAAAGAAAGAAAGAAAGAAAGAAAGAAAGAAAGAAAGAAAGAAAAAAAAAGAGAAUUAGAGAGAGCAUACUUAAAUUCACACAGGACACCGGAUAAGACAGGAGAAAUACUCCAGAUAUAACAGAUUGACUGUAGCCCCCGACACAUAAAGUACUGCAGCAUAAAUACUGGAGACUGAGACAGAAGGGGUCGGGAGACACUGUGGCCCCGUCCGAUGAUACCCCCGGACAGGGCCAAACAGGCAGGAUAUAACCCCACCCACUUUGCCAAAGCAUAGCCCCCACACCACUAGAGGGAUAUCUUCAACCACCAACUUACCAUCUUGAGACAAGGCCGAGUAUAGCCCAUAAAGAUCUCCCCCACGGCACAACCCAAGGGGGGGUGCCAACCCGGACAGGAAGAUCACAUCAGUGACUCAACCCACUCAAGUGACGGUUGUGUCUCAGCCUGAAGAAGUGCCACCAAUCCCCAGGAUGGGUCAUCAUUGCUUUUUUAAACUAUUUUAUUUACCUCCACUGUUUAGCAAUGUUACUGAAAUCAAAGCCUGUCAAAAACACCAUGAAUGUGUGUUGAACAAAGAUGGUCACUACUAUUUGCUUUGCUUUAUAAGGUACUGAAUGGAAGGAAGUCAAAGAUCGGUACAGAGGCACAUAUUACCUUGAAGUUAAUCCCCCAAAUACUGUGGAUGAGGGAAUGGAGGAAGGAGUAUGACUUUAGUGACUUGUAUUGUACAGUAUGCAUGGUUCCACCCAUGGAAGGUACUCUCCUUGGAUCCACAACAACAGAGUGGCACUCAAUUACUGUCUCAUUGUGUUUAUGGCUGCUCAGUACGUUGGCCAGGCUUUGGCAUCAGCCAUCCCAUUUGUUGUACAGUGUAGUUUGAAUGAAAGUUUAGAAAAAAAGGACAAGUAGGCAAUUUAGUGUGCCUUUGCAAUCCCUAUCCCCUUUGACGGUUUCUUUCUCUGUCCUUAUCGUGAAUGCACAAGUGGUUUGAGUUAUCUGUGUUAAUCCAGCUUUGGGAAUCUACAGCCAAACUAGAGGGGCCUAAGCCAAACAUGUGUGAUUAUAUGUAACCCAAUCACAAUGCAGAGAGUGUACAUCUCCUUAACGAGACAACGAUCUAUGCCAAUGGAGUAAUGUACAUUAUGUAGUCAUAGUGUUGUUUUAUAUUGUACAUACAGAUAGAUAUACACACAUGAUGUCAUUUAAUUUAACAGACAAGGUGGUGGUGGUGUUGCUGGUGGUGUUAAGAUGUCCAAUGAGGAAAGAAAUGCCUUUUCAAAGAGAACAAGAUGGUUUGUAUUGGGCCAGGGAAGCUGAUGUGUUUUAGUUCGAUACAGACCUUCAGGGCCUCACCCACACAUUCUCACGUUAGCCGCUCAUUCAAAGGAGUAGGAUAGGGGGACCAGCCAGGCAUAUCCUAUCUGAAUGGAUAAGGCAUCAGUGCAGACACAGUGUUUAUUUUAGUUUCUGUGACAGUAUAGUAUAUGCCUAUUAUUGAAUUCAAUUCAGUUUCACAGGCAGUAAUCUUAUUUUCGCUAGUGCUAGUGGUGUCUCGAGACAAUGCCUGUCCAUAAUUCAUACUCAUCUAGUCCUCUGGAAGCCGCUCGCAUGCUAUCUGCCUGGUAAUGCUGUCUUUUAAUAUAGCCAUGCACUGGUCUAUUUGUGUAAUGACAGCUUCCCAUCACACACACACACCACACAGUACACAGUGAACCGAAAGCCGAAAUAGUCAGACUUGUUAUUUCUGUUCCUUUAGAAUAAAUUUGAUGGAGGGAAUGUCAGGGGGCAUUAUGACUGACUGAUGGUCCUGCCCAUCAAAGGGAGCACAAAAAUAACCAUUGCAUAGCCCAGGAGACAAUACACACACACACAAACAGUGCUAUGUGUCUUAUCAUUCUCAAAAACAGAUGCUCUUACACAGUUUUCAAGGGAACCUUGGAGAGGAGGGGACGUACAACAAGAUUAAAAUCGAGCCAGAGCUCUAGGCUCCUCCAUUUAAACUCCCUCCACUGCCUACAGGAGCAGCCCGGUGGAGGAUAGAAUACAUUGUCUUAAAUUCCUCCGGCUUUUUGAUUUGCCUUCCAGCAACUGGAGGUCUCAGGUGGCAAAUUCCCCAGUUUACGAGCCCUCACGUUGCUUCUCCUCAUCUGUGCCAGCUUUGUGGACUGUCAAACCUACUUCACCAAAUGAAUCCUGAUAGGCUUUUGUCUGAGCAGUCGGGAAUUUAAACUAGGCUUUCUCUCCACCCCAGAUUUGCAACACACUCAAAAAUGGUUCUUAAAGUGGCACCACUCUAAUGUUAUCAGCAUUCAAAUGUAAGGGAAAUGAUUCAUGAUUCUGAUUAUCCUGCAUUAUAUUAUAUGAAUAUCAUGUAGCCACCAUGUUUGUGUUCUUUAGCAGUUUUUGGGACAAGCAGUCCAGCAUGACAGAUUGAAGCUCAGACUGUGUUUGGCCAGCCUCUGGUACAGGAACAUGAUGCAUUGUGACAAUCUGAAAGUGGAGGGGUGGAAGUCCAUCACAGAAAGGAGGAACGCUAAGGGAGCUGCAUGUCAAAGGUCAUCGAGCAGAUGAGGGGAAUGCUUUGCUUUGAUGUAAACGUAUACCUGUAUUUGGCUAAAAUCAUGUUAUUGUAAAUAUAUAUCACAGAAUGUUUUAUGAAGCUUUAUUUUGUUUUCUGUUUUGGUUCUUCUGAAUCCAUGUACUUUUCACUUUUGUGUGCUGUGCUCAUCGUGGUUGAGGGUUGGGGGAUGGGGGGUUUGGCUUUGUCUGUAACGACCUUGUCUGGAUGUCAGACAGACAGCUCAGCACGGCAUGAUAAAAGGAAAUAUAAACCUCUCUUUACUUUUCACUCAUCUGUCAUCUUCUUCACAGUCGCUUCUCUUUGGUUUUUUAAAGCGGUACAGUUUGUUUGACAAAAACAAUCCAUGUAAAUAUCACAAGUAAAAAAUGUAUAUUUUUACGACUUCUGAGUUAUUACUAUUUCCUUUGCAAAUAAAAUAUACAAUGACAAGUUA